CUAAGGGGCUGGAUGUCUUUCAUUCUGUUUGAUACAUUCGGUCUGUCAGACACAUUUCUCAUUAUUUCCCCAUUUAUCCAUAAUUUCUAACGGUGGUGUCACAUCUGCACUGGGGCUCUGCAAUUCCAAAGGCAGCCAAUGCCAUGGAGAGAACUUGAUACGACUGCCACAGUAUUGGCCAAUCGACAGGAUGAGAGUGAACAGUCCAGAAAACGACUUAUUGAUGAGAGUCGAGAAUUUAAGAAGAGCACGCCAGAGGACUUGAGGAAAUUGGUGGCUCCAUUACUGAAGAGUUUCCAGGCUGAGAUUGAUGCACUAAGUAAAAGAAGCAAAGAAGCAGAGGCAGCCUUUUUGAAUGUUUACAAAAGAUUAAUUGAUGUUCCAGAUCCCGUUCCAGCAUUGGAUCUAGGGCAACAACUCCAGCUCAAAGUCCAACGCAUGCAUGAUAUUGAAACAGAGAAUCAUAAGCUCCGGGAAACACUCGAGGAAUACAAUAAAGAGUUUGCAGAAGUCAAGAACCAGGAGGUCACAAUAAAGGCACUUAAAGAAAAAAUCAAGGAGUAUGAACAGACUUUGAGCAGCAGAGCAGAAAUCCUCGCACUUGAAAAAGAACAGAAAUUACAGAAUGACUUCAGUGAAAAAGAAAGGAAACUCCAGGAGACUCAGACGUCUUUGGCCUCCAAAUUCGACGAAGCUGAUCACAAAGUCCAGGCUUUGCAGUCAGUUUUGGAAUCGACACAGACUGAGCUAUUUGAUUUGAAAACAAAGUAUGAUGAAGAAUCAACCGCCAAAGCAGACGAAAUUGAAAUGAUCAUGACAGACCUGGAACGAGCUAAUCAGAGGGCAGACGUGGUUCAGAGAGAAGCAGAGUCCUUACGCGAGCAGCUUUCCUCAGCUAACAAAUCCCUUCAGCUGGCCACGCAGAUUCAGAAAGCUCCUGAUGUGGAACAAGCUAUUGAAGUGUUAACACGAUCAAGUCUGGAGGUUGAAUUAGCUGCGAAAGACCGUGAAGUUAUGCAGUUGGUUGAGGAUGUGCAGAGAUUGCAGGCAAAUCUGACAAAACUCCAUGAGACCUCAACAAAUCAGGUCUCCCAACUUGAGCAGCAACUUACUGCGAAGAACAGCACGCUCAAGCAACUUGAGGAAAAGCUAAAAGAUCAGUCUGACUAUGAAGAGGUUAAGAAGGAGUUGAGUAUCUUGAAGUCCAUGGAAUUUGUUCCAUCAGAAGGAUCUGGAGCACAGGAUACAUCCAAAACCCUGGAGGUACUUCUGCUGGAGAAGAACCGCUCAUUACAGUCUGAAAAUGCAACUCUGCGUAUCACCAACAGUGACCUUAGCGGGUCAGCUGGGAGAAAUGGGAACGACCGACUUGAGAGUCUGCGUCCUUCGACCUCACCAACCUCCCCUCCCUCUAAGUUGCUGCGCAGCGCGAGUGAGCAGGCUUCCAGUGCUAACGGUACGCACCAAUUCUCACCAACGGUUUUAGGUCAAGAUUUUUUCAGCUCUUCAUUGACAAGCUCCCCGAUCCCCCUGGCCUCUGCGGGGAAAUUUGCACUAAACUCGCUUCUUCAGCGGCAGCUAAUGCAGUCCUUCUACUCCAAGGCAAUGCAGGAUGCGGGAAGCACAACCAUGCUUUUUCCAACAGGUCCUUACAGCACAAACUCCAUAUCGUCCCCAAGCCCCAUCCCGCCCAGCUCGGACGUGAACGGAAUGAUCCCUUCGCCCAGCCAGUCAGAGAGCGCCGGCAGCAUAUCUGAAGGCGAGGAUCUGGACACGGCAGAGAUUGCGCGGCAAGUAAAAGAGCAGUUGAUCAAGCACAAUAUUGGCCAGCGGAUAUUUGGACAUUAUGUACUGGGCUUGUCUCAAGGUUCCGUCAGUGAGAUACUGGCCAGACCGAAGCCAUGGAAUAAGCUGACUGUUCGAGGGAAGGAGCCUUUCCACAAGAUGAAGCAGUUCUUGUCCGACGAACAGAACAUCCUGGCCUUGCGCAGCAUCCAGGGCAGGCAAAGAGAGGUUCCAGGCCAGAACAUACAAAGAAUGUUGCAGGAAGUAAAGAAACGAAGAUAUGGUUCAGAAGGCAACAUCACUACACGGAUCAGAACUCCUGAGACAGGCUCUGAUGAGGCCAUCAAAUCGAUUCUAGAACAAGCCAAGAGAGAACUACAGGUGCAAAAAAAUGUUGAUUCAACUCAGCCACCUUGUACGUCGAGCAGUGGUGGCUCAGAUGAAGCAAUCUGGUCAAUACUGGAACAGGCCAGGCGUGAGAUGGAAGCUCAGAAGGCAGGCCUUGAGCCAACACCAAAGCCAGCACCUGUUGCUCAUACUGACGUGACCCUCCAUUCAUCCAAAGUCGCAUCUUCAUCGUCAAUCUUUUCCUCACUAACAGUCAUGAAAAAGCCUUCCAUCGUGGAUUCCAGUACCAUCGCAACACAGACUUCCCAUGGGUUAAAAAAGGAAACAGUACAUGACUCAUGCGCCUCAGAACACCAUGGAAUCGCAGAGACACCACACAAUAUGCUUAAGCAAGUUAAGAAUGAACUGGGUCGAGGUAGUACAUGGAGGGACCAGUGGUGGAAUACCGUCUGCCCAGACAGAAGAAACUCAACCUUUGCAGAAGAUGGAAGAGCAGAAGAAAAUAGCAGCGGCAGAGAAAGGUUUAAUAAUCCGGGCAGACAUAUUGAUGGGAAUCCAUUACAAGGGGCAGCUUCCUCUGACCCUUGGAAAGAUUGGCAAAAUGCAGAAUCUCCGUAUUCUCAAGCAUCUGAUUUGGGCACAGUGGUCGCCAGCAGCAGUGUGACCCCACAGAGCAGUCCGCUGCCCUCGUCACCUCUUAUUCCCAUUUCAAAACCACACAAGCCUUCUGUGCCACCAUUAACACCGGAGCAGUAUGAGAUCUACAUGUACCAGGAGGUGGACACCGCUGAGUUGACACGGCAGGUGAAGGAGAAGUUGGCCAAGAAUGGGAUUUGCCAGAGAAUCUUCGGAGAAAAGGUGUUACGUCUGACUACACAACCUCUCAGCUCCUCACCGGCCACUUCCAAUGACUGCAGUGGAGCAUUCUGCACUGGAGCCACACCGGUUUUGGGUCUUUCGCAAGGGAGCGUGAGUGACAUGCUGUCGAGGCCCAAGCCCUGGAGCAAACUGACUCAGAAAGGCCGUGAGCCCUUUAUCCGUAUGCAACUCUGGCUGAACGGUGAACUUGGACAGAGUGUCCUUCCGUCCCAGGCCCCACAGCCCGGACAGGAGAUUACUCCAAAGACUUCUGCCAGUUGCAGCCCAGCACCUGAAUCUCCAGUCAGCUCUGUGGAGUCGGUGAAGAGUGUGGCUGAACUAACGUCCCAGCACUCAAUAGCCACUGAGACCAAGGACAUCAAACAGUCAGAACCAUGUGAACAGUCCUCAAAUGAUGCGCAGGCUCUGUCGUUGCUGCCUAUGUCUGGCCAGUCAGCAUUAAGCAUACAGAAGCUGGUAGCCAUGUCCCCUGAACUAGAUACAUAUGCCAUCACUAAGAAAGUCAAGGAAGUGUUAACAGACAAUAACUUAGGCCAACGUCUGUUUGGAGAGACCAUCCUUGGCCUGACACAAGGUUCCGUGUCUGACCUCCUGGCACGGCCCAAGCCCUGGCACAAGCUGAGCCUGAAGGGAAGGGAGCCUUUUGUCCGCAUGCAGCUCUGGCUCAAUGACACAAGCAAUGUUGAGAAGCUAAUGGACAUGAAGAGAAUGGAAAAGAAAGAGAUGCGUCCUUGCAGCGCCAGAGACCCGUGUUCGAUCCUGACCUCAGGUUCUGUCUGUGUGAAGUUUGCAAGUUCUCCUUGCGACUGCGUGGGAUUUUCCACGGGUGCUCCAGUUUCCUCCCACAUCCCAAAGACAGCGUACAUGAAGCGACGACAUAGCUCCGUGAGUGAUGGACAUGGGAGUGAUUCUUCCGUGGCUGGCUUGGACUACAGCCAGUGUGCCAGUCCCCAGCCACUGGUUCAUGUGAAGAAGCCCAGGGUGGUGUUGGCCCCAGAGGAAAAGGAAGCCCUGAAGCGAGCGUACCAGCUAAAGCCAUAUCCAUCCCCAAAAACUAUCGAGGAGCUCGCUGCCCAGCUCAAUCUGAAAACAAGUACCGUCAUCAACUGGUUUCAUAACUACAGGUCCCGUAUUCGGAGGGAGCUGUUCAUUGAGGAAGUGCAGGCAGGGCAGACAGGAUCUAGCGGCUCUCCAUCUGUCAGAGGAAGUAGGACAGGUCACAGUUCCGAAGGGGAGAGCUGUGAUGGAGGAGACUUGGAAGUGGUGGCUGAAGAAAAGGAGAAUGUGAUGGGAAAGGAGAGUCCCAGCACUGGGCGAGUGAGCCCUCAGGGAGGGCAGGUAGAGCCACUUUGUGAAGAGGAUGCAGAGUCUCCCCUGCAGGGCGAGGCUAAAGACACCGCAGCGGGGGUGAACAGGAAGGAAUCGUCGCACUCUGAGAGAGACGCAGCCCUCUCCCCAAAUGCGGCGAGCGAAGACGAGAGGAUCCUGAAGCGCCAGGGCCGAAGCAAGAGACCUCAGCGGGAAGCACGUUCGUCAGGCGCGUCCUUGGAAGAGCUGCGGAAGGGCCAGCCUCCGGUGCAGUCCGUCGUAGAAGAGGACAAGUCUACCUCAACAGCCUCCACGUCAGCGACUGGGGCGGAGGCCAGCCGGGAUUUGAAAGAAGAUACCUCGUUGGGGCAGCAGAAGACGGGCUGUGGAGGCUCCUCAUCCUCGUCCACCACAGCCUUUCAGAAACGGCUGUUCAAUUUCUCUGACACAGCAUCACCUGCCCAAAAAACAAGCUUGCGUGAGAACAGCUUGAGGCGCAAGAAAGCAGCCAACUUGAACAACAUUAUCCAUCGUCUGGAGAAGGCUGCCAGUCGGGAAGAGCCCAUUGAAUGGGAAUUUUGAGAUUAAAUUAUUAAUUAUGCACAAGUCCCGAGAGUUAGGUAUUGGGAAACCUCGGACACUCUGUACUCAUUUUAUUCUGUCACGCACUUAAUGCCCUGCAGGCCACAGGGCAAAAAUGCCAUAGGCCAAGGUGCAUAUAGAAAGGAGAGCAUUAAGUUCUGUUCAUCAUAGCAUUUUCAAAGCGAGAGUUGAAACAUGCAGUUAAGCUUUUGUACCCUGAAGUGUUUUUGUGUCAUGACUGAUUUUCAAACUGUCUGGGAUUAACUGUUACAGCUUUGCCUUCCCCCUCUGCCAAGUGGGCUUCAGGCAGCGGCAGCCAUUGGCAAAAGAGGGGGUCUCCUUGCCAUCAAAUGGCAGCAGAGCGAUAUCACACUAUUAACUUCUUAAGCAAGCAGAAAAAAAAUUGGAGCGUUUUCAAAUGACUAGAAUUUUAUAGCUGUUCAGUUGCCACUGAGAGAUUGCACAGUCAUCUGACUCUAAACACACUAGUUUGGUUUCUUAGAUAUUUUGAGAUUUCUUGCUGUUUUAAACUUUGAAAGAGAAAAACACAUUUAGCCCACUUAUUUUUUAAAAAAAGGUUAUGUAAAAAAAGAUUUGUCAAAAAGAUGUGGUAGGUGAGUUAGUGUUUCCUUGUAUGUGAAUUUAGAAUAAUGAUAUGUAGUGCACAUUGUUUCAUAGCUUUAACUGACUCUGGUUUCUCUGCAGGCCAGGGUUUGUUUAAUACACUCCAUUUUAGGCCAAAUCAGGACAAGAUCUGAACCUAGAUAUUUUAUAACCUGCUUUUUAACCUCUGAACCACAAAGCACGCUGAUCAGACCUCAUAUUAUUGUCUUUUUGUGUGCGAGAGUGUGAGUGAGAACGAGUUUGUACGUGUGUAAGUUUUUAGGUCUGGCUGAUUUCAUACAUACCGAUGCACAGUUUGAGUGCGUACUGCCACCCUUUCCUCAAUCAGCUAUGUCAUCCAUAGGGCUUGUAUGAGUUAGCUUGUCAUAAGUUACAUAUUUUUCUUGCCAUAUCUUUCAUUAAAACUAACAGUAGAUGAUUUCAGAAUACAAUAAUAUUUUUUGUGCUUAUUUAUAGGUGCGGUUUUUUUUCUUUCCAUUGUUAGGAAGUGAUGAAAGGGAGCAAGUCUUGUUCUAAAGGGUCAGACUGCCGGCAGUAUUUGGGAUAUUUUACAAGUUUCACUGGAUAAAUAUUGGCUCCUUGACAUCUUUCAAGCUCCAGAUUAUUGAUUAGAAGUUGUUUCACAGUGUAAAUUGCAUCAUGAUUUUUGUGUUGGUCCUUUUAGGUCAGAAUCCAUUGAAGUAUCUGUGUAGCACAAUCAUAACCUGUCAUUUUAAUUAUAAUAUAUGAACUCUGUUUUCUAUAAUAAUUAUGGUUGAGGAGUUAUAUACCUGAUAUUGCACCAUGGUGUGUCGUGUGUAGUUUUUGUAGCAGAUUAUGACUGUUUAUAGGGAAACUACAUUAUCUGCAUGAUAUGUUAAAUAAUCAUAUAUUUCUUACAUAAAAUCAUGCAUUGCAUAUUGAUUGAGCACUUAGCUGUUAAGUGUACUUAUGGUGCUGAUUCAACUCCAGCUGGUCAUAGAGAAGGGCUCUCGGAGGCUGUAAGGCAGUGAGUUAGAAUGAAAUGCUCCAUAUCCAUGCCCAACUGAGAACAUUCCUCAACAUCAAGCUGUACAACUAGCUUUCCCUCUGAAACAUACAGUUAGCACAAGCCCCAGUGCAACAUGAUCCAAUACAAAACUUCCUCCCAGCCUUUGAGUGUAAUGUGUCGUUGCUGAUAAACUAUCAUGGGCGAUCUCCAUUCACUUUUCUUUCUUGCUCCUCAGCCUGCCCAUGGCUGAGAGAAACACACUACUUCCAGUGGUCUGCUGUGAGAUGAGGUCCAGAGAUGAUUUUGGUAUCCUCCUUCCUCCUACAAGACAACCGUUUAACAUGACUCCAUUAGCUGAGCCACAUAUCCUUGGAAGCUAUGGUCUAAAAACAGGCCAUUGGACUCACCCAGUUAACAUUGGCUUUUACCCUUCAUGUGAGCUUGAUCUAAUAUCAAUAACUGAAUGUCACUACCUGUCAUAGUGAAGUUUGACUUUACAGUUAGGAUUACUCACUUUGGAUUUGCAGUCAAGUAAUAUAACUGCUGUUCUCCUCUACACAGCCCAACAGUACACAGUUGGCCCUAACAGCCAGUGGAUAAGAGUUACGCUCACUUGUAAUAAGGGGUGUGCGUUCUUCCCUAUUUAUAGUAGUUCUACUGGUUUAAGGCAGAAAUUAGUAAUGAGACAGGAUAUUUCAGGAAGAUUGACAUUUUUGCUGACUGGGUUUUCUCGAAGCUGUCCUCAUGAAUACAGCAUUAAGGCAGUACUCAUUCCUGCUCCUCUCCCUUCUGCUGCUCUCCCUUUAGCCCAGGACCAGGAAUUUACUGCCACUCCUCUGUUCCAAGCUACUGGAUUAUUACCAGACUUCACGCCUAAGGUCUGUGGGAGGAACAUGUCAAGCUGAAAGCUUCUCAUUUUGGUAACUUUGAUAAAUGAAACAUUUUAUAAAAUCCCAUAACUAUUUUUGAGACUACAAGCUGUCCAUCUGUUGUCUAACCCUUCCCUCCAACAUAUAUAUCCUUCUGCAAAACAGUCCACUUUGCAAUGUAAUCUUUAUGCUGGACAACUCAGGAAAUUACACCUCAAUUGGAUCACGUGAGGAUUGGCGCUGGUAUAACUUGAAGCUUCAACGUUGAUUUUUUAUCCUAGAAUAAAGCAAUUUAAUCCUAGGAAUCUUUGCAGUAGUGGAAAUGUCUGUAAGGGCCCAUCCAUGCGAGGGGUUUAGGAUUAUAGGUACAACUGUCCCUUGUUCAUUGUAAUGAAGUUAAUGGUGAUACUUGGAAUAAUCAUGGAAGAUGUUAUUUUUAGGAGAUCAGUUGGGCAAUAGGCCUGUACAUUAUUUUGACAGUGUUUGCUAUCAGCCUACACAGAGCAGUUAUAAGGAGGUUGUGUCAGCAACAGCAUAUUUACUUGCAGGCAUGUGAUUUUAUUCAUUCUAACUGUCUGUUUUGUCAUUAGUGUUUUGUCAUUAUUACCUGUAGUCUUCACGCCUUUGUUACACUGGUGUUUAACUUUAGAAUUGUGUGGUAUUUCAGAAUGAUGUAUAAUGUAGCACACAUUAGAAAUCCUUUAAUAUUCAUGAAUAUUAAGCUCCUAAGAACAGUGAUCUUUAUAUUUUGUGCAUAAGUAUGAGUUAAUAACGACAAAGUACAGAUUACUGCCUUAGGAAAUGAGCAAAGCCUAAAAACACAUCCUCUCUUUAAGCUGUGCCGAAGCUAACUGAAGGUUUUAGAGUUAAUACUCCUCAGUCAAAUAGUCUUGGCGUUUGAUCCUUUUGUUUGUAAAUAACCUUUGGAGCUGAAAUGUUGAGGAUAAUAGAAGCAUUGACUUUGAUUCUGUAUUGGAAACACUGGUAAUUUAUUCCUUUGAUAUUUAGGUCAGACUGGCUGGAAAACCUGGUUGAUUUUAUUUGAUGACUAUAACUGCUUUAUUGUCCCCUUUGCCCUCCCUGUAGUUUUCAGCAUGUUGCCAUUCAUAGUCAUUUCAACAUUGAUGCUUCAUUUGAAAUUUGGGUAAUAAGUUUUACUUCAUUUUUAUUAAGAUAGUUUACAGGCUAGUGUAAACUGUAUUUCAUUUCAAGACAUAUCCCUUUUAAUAACUCUGUGUAGCCCAGUCAGAGUACAGACAGUUGCACCCGGUGAUUUUAUGGUGUAUAUUUACAGGUUUUGUUAGUUCUUGUAAAUAAUUGUAGGUCUUAUAAUUUUACAAACAGGUCAAAUAGUUGGAAACUGUUGAUUUUCCACACAAACCGUUUGGGUGGUAAAACAGUUUAGUCCUUCUGAGUGAAAAUGGAUAAAGGCAUUGGCAACGAUAUAUCAUUUAGCAUUAAGACUGAAGGAAGCACAGAUUGAGAUUCUGUCCCGGAUAAAGAAAUACCUUCAUUCUCAAUUCUUUACAACUAUUUUACAUGUGUCAUUCUUUUGCACCCAACCUUUCCAAGAGACUGCUUCGACCUGAUGAUGUUAAUUGCCAACUGUUACAUUUUGGUUGUGUAGUAUUGAACAAUAUUUUUAGUCUGAGAAUCAGCUGUACAGAAGUGCUGAAACUUGUACUAAAUAUUACAUUUGAUGGCUAGAGCACUUGUGUGCACCAUUUCCAUUUUAGAAAAUUGAAGCUGUCACCAAAUUCUGAAGGUCUGUGGUGUGUUCUAUGUACUAGAUACUAGAUUGAAACUAUCAAAGUUCAUUCCAUUUCUGACCCAUAACAGCUAUUGAGACCAUCCCCGUCUUUCCUUGGGUGAUAUUGCACCCAAAUCUGCUGAGAUUGCUACCUGCAUUACCAAGUCACCUUAACAUUCGUUGAUUAAAACAUAUUCCUGUGAACCUCUGCUCAAUUUGUGGAUCCCAGCAUUAAACGCUAACAUUUGGUGCUGGUAUAAGUCAGUGGAAAUAUCAGAGCAGGAUAGUGUGUGCCUUGAGUAGGAUAGUACGCAAAGAAUGACAGAGUGAGACUCUGUCAUAACCUGAGAUACAAUGAAUGCAGUCACUGAAUUGGUUCCCAUAAACAUUUGCACCAGUGGGUUAAAAGAAAUAAAAAGGAAAAUACAUCCCCCAAAGCACUUAUAGCAUAUUUUGCAGAGAAUAUAUUUUUAAAAUCUGUUGUGAUACAGUCAUAGAAGCACAAGAUUUCUAAAAUCGGAAGGAGAAUAAAUUCUGUUCAGAGCCUUAGAGGUAUUUUCGUAUAAUAUCCUUCAAAAUGGCGGGUCAUCAGCAUAUUUUCUCUCAAAAGCACUAUUAUGAAAAAAAAAAGCAAUACUAACAUUCCGUGGGUUUUUAGCUGUAAUUUUGUAAAACAAAAAUGUCUCCUUUGAACUCUUUUCCUCUAACUCUUUAAAAGAUGUUUGAAAUCAUUUUGCUGUUCAACAGCAAGAAAAUGCACUCCAUGUUCCACACCUCCUGCCAGUUAUAAAGCACAGCCGCCCAGUAUACCUGUGCUAAAACUCCGUUUUGUAAAUAAAUAAAUAUUUGUUCACAAAUUUUGGGAAUUGGCUACCUUUUACAGCCAAAAUUUUCUAUGGAAAUCUCACAAACAUUUCACAAUUUUCAUAUAGCGUAUUUACAUCUCAGAAAAAUUUGCAGCCAAUCUCAUUUUUUAGGAGGGUAUUGUAAAGGGCGUGCCCCACUUCAGCGUCAUUUCCGCAUCACGCAGGUGGCGGGCGAGGAUUUUGAGAAUCCCAAAAUCGUGGGGCGCCGUGCGCUACCACGCGUCACUGCCUACGCCACCACGUGUCACUGCCUACGCCGCGCACGUCGUGACGCGUAAAUGAUGUCACGUAAAUGACGCGCAAAUGACGCCCAAGUGGGACAGGCCCUUUAGGAAAGAAUGCAUAAAUUCUCUACAUUUCUAACAACGUCCAGAGGCUUUCUACAGUUAUUUCCUGCAACUAAUCAAUUAACGCUGAGAUGAAUUUAUUAUUUAGGCCUGCCCUUUAUCUUGCAGACUUCAGCCAACUGAUCUAUUUAAAACCUUUGACAAGGUUGGUUGCAUUCCUGAAAAUAAAUUUCACAGUUACUACUUCUAAUUCAUAUAUUAUGUAAAUCCUUGUGUUUUAAUCAAUGCUGGAAGACGUUACCAAGAUAUUUUCUGUUUGUCAUGAUGAAGACACAUGCUUUGCAUCCAGUGUAAUUUAUUCAGAGAGCAAUAUCACUAAUGUAAUCAAUAUGCGCCUUUAUUUCACGAGCAUUAAGUAAACAGCACACCCAUUCAUUUCAUGAAAGCAUGAAACACGGACACAGAGAAAUGCGACUGUCACUGGUUAAAUGAUAUAAAGUCGAUUAAACUUUUCCCAAUUUUCCCACAAAACUGGACAGUGGCAAAAAUUAUUUAUUUUCAGUAGGAAAUUGGACAGAUACCUUUGUGUAUUGUUGUUGUUGACCACUUUAGUUUAGUUUAGAAAUACAGGCUCUUCGGCCCACCAAGUCCGCUCUGACCAGUGAUCCCCGCACAUUAACCUACACACGGUAGGGCCAAUUUACAAUUAUACCAGGUUAAUUAGCAGUGUGGAAGGAAACCAGAGUUCCCGGAGUAAACCCACACAGGUCUCGAGGAGAACGUUCAAACUCCGUACAGACAGCCCCCAUAAUCAGGAUUGAACCCGGGUGUCUGGCGCUAUAAGGGAAGAACUCUACCACUGUGCCACCCCCGUCCCACUACCCAAGUUAUUUCUUCCCAUUUGAAGUCAACUGGUUUAGCUACGAAAAUAGCAUCAUUGGUAAAAUUGAUCUGUCGAAUAUUCUGUUAAAAUAUUCUUCAUCGCCCAUAAUUAUGAUUUGUUUUUCUCUCUGUUGCUAUUAAAUGGUCCCAUUGUUAGUUUUGAUGUGUUUAUCUUGCACAACCAUUGCCUAUAUUCUCAACUUCAUCAUAGGCUUAGCUUAGAUGGGGCAUCUUGGUGGGCAUGAACGAGUAGGGCUGAAGGGCCUGUUUCCCUGCUGCAUGACUAUGAUGGAUUGAGGAUGAUUGAGAUAGCCAUAAGGCUAAGAAUUUUCAUUCUUCCCUUUGAGACGGAAAUGCUUGACUAACAUGAUUGAACUGUUGGGUUUUACACUUGUGUCCCCCUUUAUUUUUCUUCAUCCCGCCUGUGCUGAUUUCCAUCAUUAGGCUAUUCUAAACUACUAAAGCCUGACUCUUCUGACCUUAAGCUAUGCAUCAGAGAAAUAAAACUAUCCAUUCCACCCUACCCUCAACAAUUCCACAAUCACUAAAAUAGAUCAAAUUAUCUGUAUGGUAUUAUAUGUACGUCCAGCAGCAAUUUGGUUCACACAAUUUCUGGUCACCUUAAUUUUAAUUAUUUCCCUCUCUACCUGAGUAUGUCAAUAAAAAUGCAUUAAAUUGAUCACUGCAAAACUUAUUUUGUGACGAUGGUGUGUCGCAGGUGCAGUUGUUUCCACAUCGUCCCCAUCAGUAAAUGUAUCCUAUCUGAGCUUGGGUCCGUGAUUUUGUUUUUAAAUGUAAAUAAAGUACGACUGAAUAAAAGUACUCCUGUACUUAAAAAAAAUCCCAGUUGCUGGAAUAUGUAGGAAAUGAGUCAACAUGUGAGAGAAGAAACAUUCCUGUUCCUCUUGAAUCCCUCUGCUUCAUUGCAGAGCUACAGAGUUUAAAGCCUCAUCUGCCCACAGCCUUUCCACACAUCACCAUGGGGUUCUGCACCAUCCUUUUGUCACAACUUGUUUGCUCUGUUACACUGGUUAUAUCCACACCAUCACUUCUACAUUAGUACCAGAUUUCUCUCUUGAAAUCUUUCUGUUAUUCCCUAAUUUAUGUUUGUGCUUUCUCAGAAUCCAUAUUAGUACGCAUGCCUUCGAUCACAUCUCCAAAUUUUUCCAGUCAAUAUCUUGAGACAGUUUUAUUUCUCUCGGAUGUGCUACUGACUGCUUUAAGGCACUGUGUAUAUAGAGGCGGUGUUUUUGUGGCCAUAUGCUAAUUUACAGAGGGCUAUUUCUGGUGUGUUCAUUGAUUGCUGAGCAUCAUCUUCAAGUGUAACUGCUGCAGUUCUGUGGCUAGCCUGGUUCAGCUGAGAGUUUCAACCAUCCACAGUCAGUGACUACACAUUGUUAUCAGCAGGUUGGGGUCUCACUUAGACCAGGCCAAGUCAGGUGGACACACAAAUGGCUGCAAUCUGAAGUCAUCCAUCAGUUUUCCCUGAUUUAAUUUUUUUUAAAUUUGUUUCUAUCUUCUCAAAAUCUAGGUUAGUGCCCAUACCACCAACAAAGACAUGCCCCUGUCUCACCCCUCCCUCCCUCUCACUCACUGAGCUCCCCCCUUACUCACACACCCCCACCCCUCCCUCUCCCUCACCCAGCACACCCCUCUCACUCACCCCCUUACACUAGCUAUCUUCCCUCUGCACACUCUGUCCUGAUGCAACAUCUCGACCCAGAUCGUUGACCAUCCCUUUGUCUCCACAGAUUCUUCUUGACCCGCUGAGUACUUCCAGCAGUAUUUAUUUGCUCAGAUCAGUUGAUCCAGUUUCCGACUCUUUCAUCAUAAAUCAACAUUGGGUUUUGUGACAAUUCAACAGCUCUUUGGCUACCAAGUGAAGGUGGUUCUAAUUAAAUUUAAGCUCCCCAAAACCAUGGGAUGAGUUGAAUUCCAAUUCAUAUGGAUUGAAUCAAUAUGUUAGAAGACAUAUUCUAACCAAUGUUUAUGAAUUUACUCCUGCGUUCAUUAAGCCUUUGGAUUUUUCCAAUUCUUCAUAUUCCGUCCAUUCUCCCUUUCAUGCUCAGCUUCAGCCAGCAAAGUCCUUGUAAUAUGAGUUCAUGAGAUUAAUUAUAUUAUUUCGACCCAUAAUUAAGACCAGCAGUGUUGGUUGUCAAAAAUGCAACAACCUGGCCGAUAACAACACAAAAGGAAGUAAAAAUAACGGAGAGGUCUGUAACGCUGGAUCACUUAGCUGACAACUCAACUAAUAUUGUCAACCUCUCCACUCUUGAGGCCCAUUUGCUUCCUUCCUUCUCAUUUGCUAGUAAGAAUCCAUAAACCCAGACCGAAUAGAAUAGCUUCAGCAAAUUAAGAUCAUGCAUUUUAUAAACAAUUCUUGAAAACAAAACCCAGUUAGGAUUUUUUUAGUGCACGUGUGCUUUUAAACUAUCUUUUCCAUUUCCCUGUACUACAAAGAUAAACCCUUAUGGUCAGAAGAUCCAGUUGAGACUGCCUGCAUUAAAUGUCCACUUUCAGGAGAAUAUCCUUAAUAAUGGCUAGGGUGCACUCUGUUUCUGUGUUCCUUGCUUUAAAACACCAGUUCUCACUUUUUUUUAAAGGAUUUAUGUUCAAAUGUUACCUAAAAUAAAGUAUUUUAAACUACUAAGUAACACAAAAGUGCAAAUGUUACUAAUUGUUACACUCAGUUGAUUUUAUUUAACGUUUCAUUGGGUUUCUCAAAAAUGUAUGGCAGUUUUUAGUCAAAACCCUCGGUGUAAGAAUGUAAUACUGAAUUUAUCCUCCUGAUCCCUUGGACAGGAGGUGAGAGGUAAAGGCAGGUCAGCUGUAAGAUAAAAGAUGCAGGACACUCCUAUAAAAAUGGAUUACUGCAGAAUUUGAUUUGGAAAACCUCAGACAAUCCAGCAACCCACAUAAAAGGACAGAGUGACUCGAUGCCUGGACAGAGAAUCUGAUCUGAAGUAGGGUCUCGACCCCGAAACGCCACCCAUCCAUCUCGCCAGAGAUGCUGCCUGUCCCGCUGAGUUACUCCAGCAUUUUGUGUCUAGGUUUCUCCAUGACCUCCUGAAUGCUGUGAAAUGUGAUUAAGCAAAUACUGUUCUGGAAAAUAUGCUGACUUGUAACGUCAGUGACAGAACCUCUGACAACUGACUAAUUUAAUAUAGCUGAAAGAUCAACAGUCCGUUGUGACUCAGAGCUGGGGGUUUGAGAGUGGGAAAGCUAGGGCAAGCUUAGAUCAUGUUCAUCGCAGUACAAAUAUGUGAGCUCUUCUUGCAGCAUGGAGGUUGUGGCUUGAUUUAGUCUCAAGAUGUCGAGAAGAAAUAAGAAGUGAUAAUAGAGUGUGACUGUGUCCAGGAUUGCAGUUCCAGUAGAGAUUAUGCGUUAAUACAUGUAUCCCUUUUCACUGCCUUACCCCGAGCAUUGCUGAAAUGUUCUGAAAAAUGCCCCUUGGAUCUUAUGAGCAGAUAGAGCAAGAUCAGGAAUUGCAGUCUGUUUUGGCCUGAUGAAGGGCAAAGUAUGUGGUCCCUAUGAAAGAUGAGAGUUAUCACAUUGGUGCUGAGGUAUGUUAAUGUCACAGCUGGAAGGAAGAAUAUUGAAUGUUAAUGUAUCAGGUACCCCUGGGAGAAAAGGACCCUGUAGUGAUGAAAGCAAGGCAAGGUUAUGCCUUUCACCAUGAGCCCAGUCUAGUUGCGGCCCGAGCAGGUUGCAUUAGCUGCUGCGCUCAUCGUCAGCAGUUACAGAGAGUUUGCCUCUUUGUCUGCAGUGGACUAAAUCAAGAUCCCACUGCUAAACUGCCCAGCCAAUGAUCCCUGAGACCAAACAAGCAAACGUCUUUUUAUACAAUUCUGAAUAAUAGGUCGUACCUGACAUUUUAACUAGUCUUUACUCUCCUCAGAUGCUGACUGACUUGUGGAGAGUUUGUUGCCUCUCUUUUUCUUAGGAUUUCCAACACGUGCAGCUUUUUAGUGUUGGAGUUACCGACAACAUUUGAUUUAAGUUUGAACAUGGCAAACGAGUUUCACUUUUGGCUGUUGAGAUUGAGCACUCUUGCAACGUUGCACAGUGUUUGUUUCUACAGUGCGAGUAUGAACCAUGAGUUUAUAACUUGACGUGAGACAGUGGUUGUAACAUUUGCUCCAGCAUCCUACAGCCGGCUGUGAAUAAAAUAGGUAGAAAGAAAAGGUCUUAUUCACACAAGCUGUUCCUUUUUGUUGAGGAGGGCAAUGGGAUUCCAUAGAAUUAAACAUGACCAUCUGUGAAAUAAUGAAUUGCCAUUCGUGGGCAGUUUCUGAACUGUACUGCACGGCUCACUGAUGUGAUUCAGACCUGGACAACUUUAAUAAGCUUAUUGUCUGCCCUCUCCCCUAGACGUCUUGUGGUGUCUUAUAGUUUAGCAUUAUUUCAGUUAUUAAUGCGGUCACAAACUAAAUGUUUUAGAUGAUUUUUAGAAUUUGCUAUUCACAGUCACAGAAAACAAAGUCACAAUAAUAAACCCAGAUGACCAAAACAAAGUGUCAUUUAUGUGCACAUAGCUUUAUGCUAAACAUUUUUCACUGUGAUCCACGUUUCAUAGCUAUUUUUUCUUGGUAUUAGAAAUUGAUCAACACUUUUCUAUAUGGCUGGCAGAAGCAGAAUCUACCCCCUCCGUUGGCAGAAUCAGGUUUCUCUCUGUCUCUGGUGAUUAGUCAUAAUGCAUACUUUGUUCUCAGCACUGUAAACAGUCCCUAUAUGAUAUGGAGAAGCAAUAUCACUGUAUGAAACUCACAUGAUGUAUUAUUCACUAGCACCCUAGGUGUGAUAAUUGAAGUAAAUAUCUUUUAUACAAACACAG